AAGAAGGCACAGGGCAAGCUCCAGAAGUCCGCUCGUGGCGAGGAUGCUUGGGAGACCGUGGAUGCUCGCGCUGAUGGUGAUGAGGGGCAUGGUGACGACAUGGAAGAAAGCGACGAGGAGCACGACCGCGACGCCUACGUUCAGCGGCUGGCAGGCGACCUCGUCUCCAAGAAGAUGGCCGAGCACAGGGAUGAGCUCAUCAAGGACCUCGCGGCUGUGGUCUCCACGACGUCUCCGAGACUUCGGAUGCUGCCUCAGAUGGCCCGCGACGCCUCCGAGCAGUUCUGCUCCGACAAGCUCGACCAGUUCCAGCGCAAGUUCCAGGCGCCGAAGCCUCCGCCUGCCAGUGCUGCGGGCUUUGAGCGCUCCGUUGACGCCACCAUCAUUCGCGUCAUGGCCUCCAAGUUGGUCGAGCUGGACAAGGUCAAAGAGACUCUCACGGAGUGGAUUGCCACGGUGGGAGUGGAGGCCAAGCACUUCGAGAUCACCUCCGAGGAGAGCGUCGCCCGCCAGUUCACGAUCCAGUUCACAGGCGCUGUUGGCCCUGCCGCUCGCAGGGUCGCCAAGGUCUUGGGCGCCCAACGCAUCUCAGCUGGCAAUUGGAAACGUUUCGAGGUGGUGGCCACUGAUAACUUGCCAGCCACGCUCCACAUCGGCGCUGACAAGAACCCAAGGCAGAUCAAGCUCGAGAUCCAAGGGCGCAAGAUCCGUUCGGCGUUCGCUGACAUCGUCAGCGACAAGAAGUGGCUCUUCGACCGCGACAGGGGCUACAUCAUGGCAGGCUGGGACCCUGUCCUGCGCAUCUCGCCCAGCCCUGGCAACAUCUCCUCCGAG